AAACCGCUUUGUAUUCAGUUGGUUCUUGGUGGUGCGACAUCGUCAUCCAACCUAGGAGGAUUUGUUAGAAUUCAUCAAAAGUUAAAAAUCUACUUCGGAGUGUACGAUGUUAAUGGUUUCUUGUUUUGAUUAUUCGCAAUUUUGAAAAAUCUUGACGUGUAGCGUGAAGGGAAGGCGGUUUGCAGCAAGUUAGUUUCGAAACUUUCAAAACUCGUUCUUGAAAACACUCCCUUUUUAGAUUCUAUCGUGAUCGACUACAGUUCCUCCAAUAAAAUAAAAAUCUUUUCUUGUUUUUCGCUGUUCCAAGUCCCACCUGUAAUUUGUUCUUAUUCCUCCUUUACUUUUCUGGGCUUGUUUGUCCUCGUCUCUAUCUCCCUUGAGCGCUGCCAUUUGCGUAAAAAUAGGAAAAAGAUUGUUUUUUUUUUUUUAUUUUUUUGCAAGAAAGGGGAGAUGGGAUUGUUGAGCAGUUUGUUGGGAAUGAUUGGUUUUGGAAUUGGGCUGCCGAUUGGUCUCUUUAUUGGCUUUUAUUUGUUUGUUUACUCUGAAUCAGAAGAUGUUCAGGAUAUGGAGAGUCAGCCACUCUGUGAGCUCGACCCCGUUGCAUUGGAAGACCUUAUGCCCGAGAUUCCCCUGUGGGUGAAGAGUCCUGACUACGACCGGGUAGAUUGGUUGAACAAAUUUAUAUCAUGUAUGUGGCCUUUCAUGGAGAAGGCAAUCUGCAACUCAAUUAAAAGCACAGCAGAACCGAUUUUUGCAGAGUAUGUUGGGCAAUAUAAGAUAGAAGCCAUCGAGUUCAAGAAUCUAAGCCUUGGCAAUCUUCCACCAACAGUUCAUGGGCUUAAAGUCUCUGAGACGAACGAGAGGGAACUAGUCAUGGAGCCAGCUGUCAGAUGGGCAGGCAAUCCGAAUAUAAUGGUUGCAGUAACUAUUUCAUCCGUUAAAGUGACAAUCCAGUUAGUCGAUUUGCAAGUAUUUGCUAUGCCUCGAGUGACCUUGAAACCUCUCGUGCCUACGAUUCCAUGUUUUGCAAACAUAGUGGUGUCUCUUUUGGAGAAGCCGCAUAUAGACUUCGGGGUGAAGGUCUUGGGAGGCGACGUGAUGUCCAUUCCUGGCCUUUAUCGAUAUGUUCAGGAAAGGAUUAAAAAAGAAGUUGCUAGUCUUUACCUUUGGCCAAAAUCGCUUGAGAUACCGAUGCUUGAUGCUUCAACGGUGGCUGUGAAGAAGCCCGUUGGGAUCCUGCACGUGAGAGUUAUACGUGCAACGAAGCUUCUGAAGAAGGAUCUACUCGGCUUAUCCGAUCCAUAUGUCAAGCUGAACCUCAGCGGAGAGAAGCACCCGUCCAAGAAGACCACAGUCAAGAAAAAGACCUUGAAUCCCGAGUGGAACGAAGAAUUCAAGCUCUCAGUCAAGGAUCCUCAGUCUCAGAUGCUUCACAUAAAUGUCUAUGAUUGGGAUAAGGUAGGCUCACAUGAUAGGCUGGGGAGUCAAGUUUUCCCUCUGAAAACGCUGGUGGCAAACGAGGUGAAGGAGGUCACCCUUGACUUGAUGAAGGACACGAGCAUCUCUGACGCUAACAAGAAGCAGAGAGGACAGCUGUUUCUCGAGCUCACAUACGCUCCUUUUAGAGAAGACAACGACAGUUUCAGUGGGGCUCUCAAUGGCUACAGUAGGAAAGACAGUGUGAUGGAUAGGGCUAUGAGCAACACAAGCACGACGGGCGCUCCUGGCCUACUUCUAGUCACCGUGCAAGGUGCACAUGACGUGGAAGGAUCACGCCACAACAAUCCAUACGUGCUGAUCAUCUUUAGAGGCGAGACAAAGAAAUCAAAGAUGUUGAGGAAGACGAGGAAUCCUAUGUGGAACGAGGAGUUCCAGUUCUUGCUGGAAGAGCCUCCGUUGCAAGACAAGAUUCACGUGAAGGUUAUGAGCAAAAGGACGAGCUUCAGCUUCUACUCUAAGGAAUCUUUAGGGCACGUCGACAUCAACCUUGCGGAUGUAGUGCACAACGGGCGUAUCAACCAGCGGUAUCAUUUGAUCGACUCGAAGAACGGAGUGAUACACAUUGAGUUGAGGUGGAAAACCAUAUGACCAAAGGUUGAUGAGAUGUGUAUGUAGAAAGAUCUUGGAGGUUAAAGUAGUUAUUUGAAUCUUGUGGUUCAAAAGCUUGCCGCCAAAACAAUUCUUUUGUCAACAUAUAAAUUGAAAUGUCAAAAUAAAAUUUAAAACCAUACUGUAAAUACUGUACUUGUGAAUACUAUUAUGUUGAUUGUGGAGCUGCCAACCAACAAUUUUAUAGUAGUGGUAGUAUUUUUUUGUUUC